AUGGAGGAGAAAAGCAUUAAAACAAGUAGUAUUGAUAAGGAGGAGGAUAGUGAAUCAAGUAGUGACAAAGACUCCGAAAGUGAGGAUAAUAUUACAACCACUAUGAUAAUAACUACAAUAUUAACGGUACUAACAAACAUCAUUCCUGUUCUAGAACAAUCAAAUAUGGUGCCUAGAGGAUCACUUGUGUAUUGGUUUCAGCCAUCGCUCGAUGAGAUCGCUGGACACAUGCUAUAA